CUGAGAGCAGACAAAAUAUCUGAAGCAAACACAACCAUUCAGCUACAUAGAAGAGGCGAAAGCAAAAGAAAAAAAUGACUCGCCCGCCCCUCCCAACCCACCAAACCACCACCCCGGGAUACGACAAACUCGCCACCCUGAUGGCCCUGGACCCGGGAUCCAGCAUCUUCCGGCGGUUUGCCAAGCUCAACGCCAAGAACCUUCUGUACCUCCAGGCGGAGCUGGUAUACCUGCAGACGGAGCUGGACGAAUGUGUCCAGAGAGACCACCGGUCCAGCUCGGACGAGAAGCGCGCCUACGCGUUCUCCGUGUGGCGGCUGCAGGAGUCGCUAGAUCAAUCCGAGGAGGAAUAUCCGUCGCAGUGGCGGAAGGUCCUGGAGGCGCGGGCGCUGUUGAGGGAAUAUAAUGAAGCCCUCCUCCAACAAGCGCAACUCCUCCGCUUCAGUGCCCCGGACCCUAGCGACCUUGAGGUCUUCAAGGAUUGGCUCCUGCGCGAAGAAGCCAGUCACUACCAGAAAUUCCGUCCCAUGUACCAGUGGCAUGAGAACGAGCCGGACCUGAUCGCCCUGUGCAGUCGCCACGAGGGCGCCGAUGCGUUCACGCGCUGGGUGUAUCGAUCCGUCAUUCCCUGGUUCCAUCGGCGCUGGGGGGUGAACGAUCUAGUAAGUGACCCCUACCCCCAACUGGUACACCAUUUCCCCUUAUCGGAGAAAUCACCGACCUGGCCACAAGAACAAUGACACAUCCCAUGUUUCAACUGUACCCCAAGCAAAAC